GAGAAAAACUAAGAAAUUUAACAGAAACCUAUGAUUAAAAUACUCCAACUUAUUGUUAUUCAAUUGAAUUACUAACUACGGGAAAUGGAAUAGUGCAAACUGUUAAUAUAAUAACUGAAAUACGAGAAAUGGAUUUCUCGUCAGUAUGCAGAACUUGUAUGAGUAAAUCAUCAUUAAAUCCAAUAUUUACGGACAAUGGUGAACACAGGCGGUCCUCUGUAUCUAUUUUCCUUUCUACCGGUGUUAAGGUUGAAUAUAAUGAUGGUCUACCACAGACAAUAUGUUCACAGUGUAUAAAGUUGGUAAAUAAAUAUAUAAAAUUCAGAAAGAAAUGUAAAGAUGUUGAAAGAAUACUAUUAAAGUUUAGAGAACAAACAAACAAUGCACAUUCCCACAUCGUUACUUCACAUGUAGAUAGAGAAAUAGAAAUAACGGAAACAGAACCUAAAGACAAUGAUGAAAUGAAAGAUGAAUGUAGUAAUUAUGAAAUAGGAAUGGUUGUUGAUGAAGAUGAUAAACCAUUAAAAUAUUUAAUAAAAGACAUACCCGACUCUACAGACAGUUUAGAUGAUAUAAACAAUAAAGAAAUAGAAGUAACGGAAACAGAAAACGAACUUAAUGAAACAACGGAAAUAGAACUAAAUGAGAAGAAACAAAUCGAAAUAUUGGACCAACCCUAUGAUAUAUUGUUUGGUACAGAUAAAAAGAGAAGGGUGAUGUGUAAAUUGUGUCAGAAGAAUUUGUCUGUAAGGAGUAUUGACAGCCACUUGGCGCGGAGACACCCGGGGGCUGACAAGAGGAAGGUGAAGUGUGAUUUGUGCGACAACUAUGUGCUGAAGGAGAAGAUGAACAGGCACAGAGUAUUGAUGCAUAGCUCUGGUGCUUUAUGUUGUAGAUACUGUAAGUCUGAAUACGACAGCCAGGAACACCUCAUAGACCAUGUCACGACAUGUCCGGCGAAGAAGAGGAAACGGAAAGCCAAUGAAUCGGGUAGAGAGUUGACGGAAUGUGACGUUUGCCACAAGAUAAUGCAGAAGGCCAGCCUGCGGAUGCACAAAGCAAUCAAACACGCGGGUCUAGGACCCGUCUGCGAGCACUGUGGCAAGAGAUUUGGGAAUAAGUUUCGUCUAAAUGAACAUCUACGAGCAAAGCAUGGCUACGAGAAGUUCAAGUGCUCCUACUGUGAGUUCCAGAGCGCGGGCGUCAUGUCCAUGCGGAACCACGAGCGGCGUCACCGCGGCGAGAAGCCAUUCGUUUGCGAGUCUUGCGGCGCGCGGUUCCACGCGGCGUACCUGCUGUCGCAACACAGACAGUCGCACAGAACUGACAAGCCCGUCAAGUGCCCACAGUGUCCGGCAACGUUCAAGGCCAACAACAGUCUGCACGUGCACCGCAGCACGUGUCAUGGCGGCGCCGCGCACGUGUGCCCCGUGUGUGCACGUGCCUACCGCUGCAGGCACUACGCGGCCAGGCAUCUGCGGCACGUGCACCGCACCGCGGGACGACCACGGCCGGCUGUGGAGGAAGAUAGAGUUGAGGAAAGGUUGGAGGCGCGACUAGUAUGUAGUAAUAAUGAACAACCAAUUAUUAGCUCAUCAAAUUAAAAAGAAUGAGGUACCUUAAAAUCCUAAAAAAAUCUGUACGUUUAUUUAAAAAAACAACACGCAAGUUUCUCGCUCGUUCUUCUUGUGAUGAGUCUGCGUUCCGAAUGAGUAGUACAAUCAAAA